AUGGAAAACUUGUUUCGCCUAGUUGAUUAUGAGGACAUGUUCUCAAAACGUUGCAUUUGGGUCAACGGUCCUGUGAUCGUAGGUGCAGGUCCUUCGGGACUAGCCACAGCAGCGUGCCUCAAACAACAAGGGGUGCCCUUCAUGGUUCUGGAACGUGCUGAAUGCAUAGCCUCAUUGUGGCAAAAACGCACUUACGACAGAUUAAAACUCCACCUUCCUAAACAGUUUUGUCAGCUCCCUAACCUUCCAUUCCCACAAGACUUCCCCGAAUACCCCACCAAGAAACAGUUCAUAGACUAUCUCGAAUCCUAUGCACGACACUUCAAGAUAAACCCACGAUUCAAUGAGUGUGUCCAAUGCGCGAGGUACGAUGAAACCAGUGGGUUGUGGAGGGUGAAAACUGUUUCCACGUGUGGCUCUGUCAAGAAUGAGUUUGAGUACAUUUGCAGGUGGCUGGUGGUAGCCACUGGUGAGAAUGCGGAGUGUGUGAUGCCUGAGAUAGAAGGGUUGGGGGAAUUCAAAGGGGAUGUUAUUCAUGCAUGUGAGUAUAAAAGUGGGGAAAGAUUCAAGGGGAAGAAAGUUCUUGUUGUUGGUUGUGGUAACUCUGGAAUGGAACUCUCACUUGACUUAUGCAACCACAAUGCAUCUCCUUCCGUCGUUGUUCGCAGCUCGGUUCAUGUGUUGCCUAGAGAAGUGUUUGGGAAAUCAACGUUUGAAUUGGCGAUUUUGAUGCUGCAAUGGUUACCACUUUGGGUGGUUGACAAAAUCCUUUUGAUGCUGGCAUGGUUGGUAUUGGGGAACAUAGAGAAGUUCGGGCUCAAAAGACCUAUGGAAGGUCCUUUAUUGUUGAAGAACACAAAGGGUAAGACCCCUGUUUUGGACAUUGGCACCUUGGAGAAAAUUAGAUCCGGUGACAUAAAAGUUGUUCCAGCAAUAAAGAGGUUCACCAAUGGCCGCGUUGAGCUUGUUAAUGGUGAAAAGCAAGACAUUGACGCAGUGGUGCUUGCAACAGGGUACCGCAGCAAUGUCCCUUCUUGGCUUCAGGAAGGUGAGUUUUUCUCCAAGAAUGGUUUCCCAAAGUGUCCAUUCCCAAAUGGUUGGAAAGGAAAUGUUGGGCUUUAUGCUGUUGGGUUCACCAAGAGAGGCCUUUCUGGUGCCUCUUUUGAUGCCAUCAAAAUUGCUCAAGAUAUUGGCCAUGUUUGGAAACAAGAGACUAAGCAAACGAAACAUCGUACCACUGCUUGUCACAGACGUUGCAUUUCUCAGUUCUGA